CACACACACACACAUCGUUCACUCGCCCACUGGUUCCCUCUUUUGGAGCUCCUCCCUUUUGUUCCUGCUGACAGGCGCGUAUGCUUGAACAGUAUGUGCAGCGAGUGGUGGCCGGGUACCUGGAGGACUAUGUGACCAACUUUGAUGCAUCGCAGCUGAACCUGUCGUUCUGGCACGGCAAGGCGACAUUGGCCAACCUCAACUUGAACACAGCUGUCCUGCAAGAAACGCUCGAGCUGCCGCCAUGCCUUCGCCUGGCGCAUGGGCGAGUUGGCCGCCUCAUCAUUGAGAUUCCAUGGACACGCAUCGGGUCAGAGCCCGUGGUUGUCACGCUGGAGGAUGUCCACUGCACGCUCAUGUCCAUCGACGCCGAUGCCGCGGUGUCCGCCGCCACCUUCACGCACCUGUUGUCAUCCCACCCGGCGCGGGCACCCGAUGCACCGUCAUCGCCUGCAGCGCGCAGCACACCACCCUCGUCCCCUUCGCUGUCCGCGUCGUCGCGGCGUGGGUCCCCACGACGCGGGAGCGCAACCCAGACUGCAACAUCGCCUCGUGGCGCUUCAUCAUCGCCACACAGCAGCAGCAGCAGCAGCAGCAGCAGCGCCAGCAGCCGCCGUUGUCGCGCAAAUCCUCUUCGGCCAGCGUCAGCGCGUCUGCCCCUGGGUACCUGCAAAACUUGAUGCACACCGUGCUGGCUAAUAUUGUGCUUCGGGUGAACGGGCUGACGCUGCAUGCAAGCAUGGACCCGGUCGUUGCGCGCGUUCAUGUGCACACGAUCGAAGUUAUGACGUGCAGUGCAAACUGGAAACCCGCCACGUGUCAGGUAGACGCCCAGCACUUUGCCAUGCACAAGCAGCUCAGCUUCAGCGGCAUCACUCUCC